AAGGGUGGGAAGAAGAGGAAGACUGGGCAGGCUGUGUUUAUAGGGGGGGGCUGUAUAUAACUAACUUAAGCUAACUUUUAUUCGAAAGGCCUGCCGCACUUCUGCACGUACACAUUAUCCUGGGAGUGUAGUAGCGGAGAGCGGCGACCCAAGAUGAAGACUGAAACGCUAACCCUUCUGUUAGGGCUGUUAGGUUUGACUGCAUUUCCCCCGCUACGCUGUGAGCCGAAGGGAUCCAUUCCUGAGGGAAAACUUCUAGUAUUGACUGUAGCUACAAAAGAAACCGAUGGAUUCAAGAGGUUCAUGAGAUCUGCACGACACUUUAAUUACACAGUUAAGGUUCUUGGGAGAGGGGAAAAAUGGAACGGUGGGGAUUACAUUUCAGCACCGGGAGGUGGACAGAAAGUACGUCUGCUGAAAUCCGCCCUGGCCGACAUAAAAGAGGAAGACAAGAUCAUUCUCUUCAUUGAGAGCUACGAUGUGAUCUUCUCCUCGGGUCCGAAAGAGCUGCUCAAGAAGUUCCAGCAGACUAAACACAAGGUGGUCUUCUCUGCUGAGACCCUCAUUUGGCCAGAUCGUCAUCUAGAGGACAAGCACCCACAUGUCAGAGAGGGGAAGAGGUUUCUUGGAGCAGGAGGCUUCAUUGGCUACGUUCCUAACCUUAAAAAGAUGGUCUCAGAUUGGUCAGGUGAAGAUAAUGACAGUGAUCAGCUUUUUUACACCAAACUAUACAUCAACCCAGAAAAAAGGAAAUCUAUAAAUAUAACCCUGGACAGCAAGUGCAGAUUGUUCCAGAACCUCCAUGGAGCACUUGAUGAAGUGGUGUUGAAAUUUGAGGACGGAAGGGUGCGAGCCAGAAAUGUGUUGUAUGACACUCUGCCUGUUAUUGUGCAUGGCAAUGGGCCCACAAAGCUUCAGAUCAAUUACCUUGGGAACUAUAUCUCAAAUGUGUGGACAUUUGAGACUGGCUGCACAGUUUGCAAUGAAGACAUGCGUCCACUUUCAGGCCUCAAGGAAAGCGAGUAUCCAGGGGUAGUCAUUGGUGUCUUCAUUCAGCAGCCCACUCCCUUCGUAUCUGUGUUCUUUGAGCGCCUGCUCAAUCUCCAGUACCCCAAAAAUCGCCUCAAGCUCUUCAUUUACAAUCAGGAACCACACCAUGACCAGCACAUCCGUUCAUUUCUAGAGAACCAUGAAGCAGACUACCAGGCUGUGAAGCUGAUUGGUCCAGAUGAGGAUGUAGAUCCUAUAACAUCACGCAAUCUGGGCUUUGACAUGUGUCGAGAUGACAUUGACUGCGAAUACUUCUUCAGUGUGGACGUAGAAGUGGUCUUGAAGAAUGACGAAACGCUUAAGAUACUAAUUGAGCUUAACAAGCCUUUCAUAGCACCAAUGUUGACCAAGCCUGGCCGGCUGUGGACUAAUUUCUGGGGAGCCCUUAGUGCAGAUGGGUACUAUGCCAGGUCAGAGGACUAUGUGGAUAUUGUCCAGGGACGCAGAGUGGGGAUAUGGAAUGUUCCAUAUGUAUCUCAGGUGUAUCUGGUAAGUGCAGACGUUCUGAGGAGUGAACUAAAAGCUGAUGACCUCUUCCAUUCUGCUACGCUCGACGCAGAUAUGGCCUUCUGCUCCAAAGUGCGAGACCAGGGAGUUUUCAUGUUUGUAACAAACAUGCAUACUUUUGGCCGAGUCCUAAGUACAGAAAACUACCAGAUGAAUCACCUGCACAAUGAUCUAUGGCAGAUCUUUGAAAACCCUGUGGACUGGGAAGAGCGAUACAUUCAUGAGAAUUACUCAAAAAUUAUGAAGGACAAUAUAGUAGAAACUCCAUGUCCCGAUGUAUACUGGUUCCCUGUUUUCACUGAAGUAGCCUGCAAACAUCUUGUCGAAGAAAUGGAAAAUUUUGGCCAAUGGUCAGGAGGUGGCAAUGUGGACAAUAGAAUCCAGGGUGGAUAUGAAAAUGUUCCCACAAUUGAUAUUCACAUGAAUCAGAUAAACUAUGAAAAAGAGUGGCACAAAUUCCUCUUGGAGUAUAUUGCACCCGUCACAGAGAAAAUGUUUCCUGGGUACUACACAAGGUGUACCUCCUACCUCAACUUUGUAGUGAGGUAUAAACCUGACGAGCAGCCCUCACUUGCCCCACAUCAUGAUGCGUCCACUUUUACUAUUAACAUAGCUCUCAACAGCAGAGGCAUUGACUAUCAGGGUGGCGGCUGCCGAUUUCUCAGGUACAACUGUUCCAUACGGGCCCCCAGGAAAGGCUGGGCUCUCAUGCACCCGGGCCGCUUAACACACUACCACGAGGGCCUCCCCACCACGGCAGGUGUCAGAUACAUUGCUGUCUCAUUUGUGGACCCUUGAGUUAAUCUCAAAUGGAACCCCUUUACUUUAGAUAAAAAAUACACGAAGGUUAGUAUCUGAUAUGAGUGUUAAAGGAGGAUCAGAAAGACAAUCACUUUGACUUUGUGUUGAAAAUCGCUGAAAGAUUUGAUAGAGUCUGUGCCUUACAUUUCCAUUAUGUUUUAAUGUUACAGACAAAACUAUAAUUAGACGGCCAACUGUUGAACUCAGGCGUACUUCAAAAGCAGUUGAGGCAGAUACAGUGUGUACCUCCUUUUGAAAGAAAUUGCUAUCUUUAUUUAUUGAUCCACUUCCAAAGCAGUCAUGCCAAAGUUUUUAUAUAGAUAUCAGUAAUAUGAACGUUGCUUGGUCCUUGGCCAGUUUUUUUGUAAAAUUUAGUCUUGGAUGACCAGAUCAUACAUCAGGCUACUGUUGCUACUUUUUAGAAAUGGGCUGAUGUGUAUUUUGUUCUUCAGUGCUCUAUUAAGUCAUCUGUGGCAUUUGUUUUUAUCUUACGGUUUUAUUUGUCUUAUGGUUUUUGUCAAUAAACGUUACUGUUUUGAGUACUUGGA